AUGAGUGGCGGAUCUAUUGAGCUCAGCACUCUCACACCAGAAAAUGAAGAUAAGUCUUUUGAGUUCCCACGCGAAUAUGAUAAUGAAUUUGGAGCGGAUGAGGAUUUUGAAAUACCAUCAACCAUAGACUUCCAAGGUCACACAAUUUUUCUGGGAAGCAGAGAUGUAAAACGCUCGAUAAGACUUAGAUUACAGGUCGCGGUCAUUGUGAUUAGCUUCAUGAUCAUUGGCGUGGCAGAUCAAUCCUUGGGAUCGGUUAUGGAGUACCUUUUGUCAGAUUAUCAAACUGAUAGAACCCAUAUAUCAUAUCUAUUUCUUUGUCAAGCUAUAGGUUAUAUGAUCGCAAGUUUCGGAAACAACAUGGUUUGCCAAAUGAUGGGCCUAAAAGGCCUUUAUCCAGUCUCCUUGCUGAUCAUGGCAUUAAUGCCUACAGCUAUAUAUGCAAAGCUGAGUUUCACAACGCUUGUCUCAAUAUCCAUGAUUAACGGACUUGGGUUCGGAACUCUUGAUUGUGCGAUGAACCUCUUUGUUGGUGGCUUGAAGUAUAGCAAUCAAUUACUUGGUUUGAUGCAUGCAUUCUACGGAUUGGGGUGUUUUAUCAGCCCCCUAUUUUGCACCUAUCUGAUUCAUCGUGGGUUUGCGUGGAACCAGUACUACCUUUUCAUAUUGGGUCUCAUUGCAAUAAAUUUUGUGGGGUCGAUUUUCCUUUUCAGCAGAGAAACAAAAUGGAAAUAUAGAUACCAAUUACAACAAGAUUGUGAGAAGGAUGAGAGUGGUGAGAAGUUGGCGUUCAAGACGAUUAUCACAAACAAGUUUAUCAUAUUUUUCUCCUUGUGUUUGUUUACAUAUCUGGGAUCGGAGCUCAGCAUGGGUGUGUGGCUUUUUAAUUACCUUUUGAACAUCCACAGUUUCACAGACAAGUCUUCGUCAUAUGUCACUAGUGCGUACUGGAUUGCCUUCACCGCGGGCCGGUUUUUCCUCAGCUUUAUCACCGGUCAUCUAUUUGAAGAUUACGAAACCAAAGCGAUGGUAAUAUACUGUACCCUUGUUACGAUUGGAACAAUUCUUUUCUGGCUGUUCAAUCAGGUCUAUUUAUUGAUGGUUUGCUCCAUAUGCUUUGUUGGAUUCUUUGUUGGGCCUAUGUUUUCUACCACUGUGGUUAUAGCUAUGAAAACAUUACCCAAAAAGUUUUCCACUGCGGGUGUGGCCGUGAUAUGUGGGUUGGGAGCAAUGGGGUCCACUGUCAUGCCCUAUCUCAUGGGAUUGAUUGCAGACUCGACCGCAGGCGGAAAGGGUGCUGGACUAGUUUAUUUCCCACUAUACGAGGUUGUUCUGUUUGCUGCUGCAAACAUGCUCUGGUUGGCCUUUUUUGUCAAGCACAAAAGAACACUCGACUCAUACGAACGUCUUUCUUGUGACUGA